GUCUGUGCGCGUGCUGGUGAACCGGAAACGCUCGUGAGGAUGCGCCCGUGUCAUCCAUCCCUCCAUCCCUCCAUCCUCCCUCUCGCUUUCCCCGCCGCGUAACGAUGCUCUCCCCGCUGUGACCCGCGCUGAGACCCGCUGAUCCCCGCGGUGCUUCUGGAGAACAGUGAUACGGCCUGAAGGCGCUCAUGGGCGGCUUGGAGCUCUGGUGACGGCGGCCUGAGCGCGGAGCAGUGAGCACCAGGGCCGCGGAGGAUGGUUGAGUUAUCCAGACGCGGCAGAAGCACGCGCGUUACGGUGGAGCUCAUGACGUAGCCCGCGGUUGGUUCGGUGCAGGAGACGGUACUUUGUGAGUCCGAGAGCCCGCGCGGAGGAUGGGGGGCUCGGUGUCGUCCUGCUGCGUCUCCUCCAGCCCGAAGCUCCGGAGGAAGGCCCACUCCCGCCUCGACUCCUGCCCACCAGAGUCCGACCUGAGCCGCGAGGACACCGUCUGCAGCCACCUACAGCACAUCAGCGACCGGGAGAACCUGGACGAGCUGAACUUGGCGUCUAACCCUUCGGACCACCCUCGGGACAGCACCCUGUUCCUCAGCAAAUCUCAUAAUGACGUUCGGGACAAAAGGAAGAGUCUGUUUAUCAACAAUAAUGGAACGAGCAGAAGGAAAUACAGCUCAUGUUCCACCAUUUUCCUGGACGACAACACAGUGAGCCGCCCGCACCUCAAGUACACGGUCAAAUGUCUGUCUUUGGCCAUUUACUACCACAUCAAGAACAGGGAUCCAGACGGAGGGAUGCUGCUGGACAUUUUUGAUGAGAAGCUUCACCCUCUCACAAAACACGAGGUCCCUCUCGACUACGACAAACACGACCCGGAGCAGAAGCAGAUCUACAGAUUUGUGAGAACGCUAUUCAGCGCCGCUCAGCUCACGGCCGAGUGCGCCAUCGUCACUCUGGUGUACCUGGAGAGGCUCCUGACCUACGCCGAGAUGGACAUCUGUCCCGGGAACUGGAAGAGGAUCGUGUUAGGAGCCAUUCUUCUGGCCUCCAAAGUGUGGGACGAUCAGGCUGUGUGGAACGUGGACUACUGCCAGAUCAUGAAGGACAUCACCGUGGAGGACAUGAACGAGUUGGAGCGUCACUUCCUGGAGCUGCUUCAGUUCAACAUAAACGUCCCGUCGAGUGUUUACGCCAAAUAUUACUUUGACCUGCGCUCCCUGUCCGAGACCAACAACCUGAGCUACCCCCUGGAGCCUCUGAGCCGGGACAAGGCCCACAAACUAGAGGCGAUUUCUCGACUCUGUGACGACAAAUACAGAGAAGCCCGAAGAGCAGCGAGGAAGCGCUCAGCCAGUGUGGACAACCUGUGUGGAGUCAAGUGGGUCCCAGCGAUACUCUCAUAACUACUACUACAACUACUACAACUACUAUUAGUACUGCUGCUACAACUACUACUGUUACUGUUACUGCGACUACUAUUUCACAACUCCUACUACAAAUAUUUCUACUACUACUACAACAACCUGUGCGAGGUCAAGUGAAUCCUAGAGAUGUAACUACUCAUAACUACUACCACAAAUACUACUACUGCUGCUGCUACUACUACUACUGUUACUGUUACUGCGACUACUAUUUCACCACUACUACUACAAAUACUUCUACUACUGCUACUACUACUACCAUUGCUGUGACUCCUACUACUACCACUACAACUACAACUACUACAAAUACUUCCAGUACUACUACAACCUGUGUGGGGUCAAGUGAUACUCUCCUUGACACACUCCUAACUACUACUACAAAUAUUAUUACUGCUACUGCUGCUACUAGUACUGUUACUGCGACUACUACUACUAAGACUGUUACUACUACUACAAAUACUUCUACUGCUUUUACUUCUAGUACAACAAAUGGGCCCCUCUCAUAACUACUCAUACAAAUACUGCUACAAAUACCACUGCAACUACUACUACUAUACUACUAUAGCCAUUGUGAAUGACCUGUAUGGAGUCAAGAGGGUCCCAGCUAUCCAGUUAUAACUACUAGUACUGCUACUACUACUAAUGCGACUGCUACUACUUUGACUACUACUACUAGUACUACUACUACUACUACUAGUACUACUACUACUACUACUACUACUACUACUACUACUACUACUACUACUACUACUACUACUACUACUGUCUCUUCAAGCAAGUUCGAAGCCAAUGUGGAUUACAGAUGGGACCCUGAAAUGUUGUCCUUUUCCAACUCAACUACAACAACUACCAAUAUUACAAGUACUACUACUACAUCAACAACCACUACUGCUACUACAACCACUACUGCUACUGCCAUAUCUGAACGCUAGCACCAGACUUGAACCAUGAAGCUACCGGCACAGAAUAUUUGAGAUGCUACAUAUGAACUUUGGAUGAAAAACUUUUAUGGGAAAUACUACAGACUUAAAAAUAUGGAUUAUGAAAUUUUAAAAGAACUAUUCACUUGUUUUUUUUUUUGGAGGAAGAAGACUUUUUUUUCAGUGCCUAAACCUGAGCAGAGCGUUUGGAACAACACGAGACUGUCCCGAGUACUUUCCUAUGACGGCAUUAUUAAUAUGGUCACUAUACUGUAUGUGAUUUCUGUGUGUUCAGGUCUCCCCCCGUGUACUGCACAACGACGAAUAUUUAUUAUUUUUAAGGUAUUUUUAGUCAGUUUUUUGCCUAUGUACACAAAGUUCACUCUCACCAUGCGUUUUUACUCUGAUCUGACUGCAAAAACAACACACUUUAUACUUCGAAGUACUUCAAAUGACUUCAAUUUAGAAUAAUAGUCCUGUUUUACUUUGCUUCUCAAAUGAGGGGUCUGCCACACGUCUGCCUCGAGACUGAUGUCGUUGCUGCGCCUGGAAUGUUCCGUAGUAGGGUAUUAAAUGUUUGUUUCUUCGGAGGAAAACAGGGGAUGCAGCCAAGGCAAAUUACAGGUGAGGUAUGUGGAGAUGCGAGCCCGAUAAAAGUACGAAUGUUGUUCAAAUUCUGGAAUUCUCUGGAGUGAGAUUAUUUUAGAACAACAAAAAACAAAAGAGGUGUUUGUAUACUGCCUCCUACUGGUUUAAAAAAGUUACUACAAUCAUGUUCGUCAAGUUUAUGGAAUUUAAGACCAAGAUUUAAUUAAUGUUAUAGUAAAAAACAGGUCAGUAUUCUGAUUUGGAGUCAUUUGAUCUGUUUUUGCAGCGCACAUCCACAACCCCAUGGACCCUCUGCCCCAUAGACCCUCAGUCUCACAGAUCCUCCGCCCCAUGGACCCUCAGUCCCAUAGACCCUCAGCCCCAUAGACCCCCAGCCCCAUAGACCCUCAGUCGCAUGGACACUCAGUCAGAUAGACCUCAGCCCCAUGGAUCCUCAGCCCCAUGGACCCUCAUAGACCCCCUGUCCCAUAGGCUCCCAGCCCCAUAGACCCUCAUAGACCCUCAUAGACCCUCAUAGACCCUCAGCCCCACAGACCCUCAGCCCCAUAGACCCUCAGGUAGUCUGUUUAAAAUUGUAACAUUUGAUAUACUUAGAUCUUUGUGUUUGUGUAAAAGUCCACUUUUGUCACAAACUGAAAUCUUGUGAUAGUAAUAAACAAUCCAAGCACACAG